GCGCCCGUCGUACGGUGUACGGUGCGCGUGCGGUGCGCAUCAAUGGCGGCCGCCGACCCUUAUUUACCAAACCUCCCAAAAUGGCUGCCCUUCGGAUUUUCGCACGCAAUAACCUCCCGGCGGUGGCGGUCUUGAGUCCCGUACAAUCGCGAGUCGCGCCUCUAGUCCUUCAGAUUCAACAGAGAUGGAGUAGCUACAAAUCGUCUUCCAAAUAUACAACACCUGAAGAUUACACAGAUUACGAGAUUACGAAAGAUCUAAAUGAAUGGAAAUACGUAGAGCGUAUCCUUGGAUACAAAAUUAUACCUAAACCAGCCAUUGGAAAUGUUAAACUCCCAUCUGGCUAUAAAUCAGCGUCUGCUUUGCCUAUGGAUUAUCCUUACUUUAUAGAACGUACAAGAAAUUACAUGCAGCCUGUGUAUUUGAAUAGAAAUCCUAGAGGAACUAAAAGGAUUACACAAAUUUCUAAAAUUCAAGGAGAUAUAUGGACGUUGGAACGGGACAUGAAGCAAUACAUAGAGGAAUGCACGGGAAAAAAAAUUGCUAGCCAGAUACACGAAUUUACUGGCGUAAUUAAAUUUAAAGGUGAUUACGUUAAUCGUGUUAAAGAAUGGAUGAACACGAAAGGUUUUUAAAAAUCAUUAAUACAGUUUUCACAAUAAAUUGUAUACUGUAAAUAUACAAUAAACAUUGAAUGUUUGAUAUAAAACAUGUUGUGUAUUCACUAUUUUCUUGCAAAAUAACUUGCAGUUCUUGUUAAAGUCAAUAAGAGUUAUUCCAUGUACUUUAUUUGUCAAAAUAUACAAAUAUAAUUUUUAUUAAUUUUUAUUUGUUGUGAAGACAA